AUGGUUGCAAACCUCACUCUCAAUCAGAGAGGACAAACUAAUGAGGAACACUCUCAUAGGCAACACCAUGAUCAUGGUGAUCAUUCCCAACAUAGUGAUCACAAUAGUUUUCAUCCUUAUAAUCACUAUCAACACCCUCGUAGGAGACACCACCAUCAUAGAGACCAUCAUGUGGAACCCAAAUUAGACCUUCGCCCUUUUUAUGGCAGAGACAAUGUGGAAGAAUAUUUUGAGUGGGAAAUGAAGGUUGAACAAAUUUUUGAGUGUUACCACAUAAAUGAUAGGAGGAGAGUGACCCUAGCCACCUUGACUUUUCAAGGUGCAGCCCUCUAUUGGUGGACCGCCAUAUUUAGAGAUCAAAAGAUGCAUGACGACUAUACCAUCCAAUACUGGAAUGAGUUAAAGACAACCUUGCAUUGGAGGCAUGUUCCAGCCUACUAUGCUAGAGAAGUCAUGGACAAGCUCCAUAGACUUCAAGAAAGAAACAUGAGUGUUAAGGAAUAUAGACAAAAGUUGGAACUCCUCAUGUUAAGAGUUGGAAUCAAAGAGGAAGAGAGAUUCACCAUAGCUAGGUUCCAAAGCGGUCUUAAUUAUGAGAUCAGAGAUAAGGUACAACUUUUACCUUAUUUAGAUCUCAAUGAUUUUGUCCAACUAUGUGUGAGAGUGGAAGAACAAAAUCGAAGGAAAGCUUCCACCAAGAGGACCUAUCCUACCACUUCCACAUAUAGGAAAGACCUUAAGAGGGAGGGUAGUUAUCCGCGGUUUGAUAACACAAGAGAAAGGGAAAGAGAGAAGGACAAAAUCAAAGGUAAAGAGAGAGAUUUGAGACGGGAAAAGGAAAGAGAAAAAGGAACAGAGAGAGAAAAGACUCACAAAGAGCUCACCCAUAAUUCCAGGGGUAGGGAGACUAGGUGUUUUAAGUAUGGGGAAAGAGGACACUACUCUACUGAGUGUCGAAUUAAGAAGUCCACCUAUUUCCUUGAGCAUGAGAGAAAUAGUGAGCAAGCUUCCUCCAGUGAGUCUGAGCUCUCUAUGUCUAACGAAGCACAUGAGGCUCCACCUUGUGAUGGAGAUUUACUUAUGGUCAGACGACUUUUAGAAGCAAAGCCUGUUGAGCUAGAACAAUCUCAGCGACAAAACCUAUUCCACACAUAUUGUAAAUUUUUUGAUAAAACUUGUUUUAUGAUUAUGGAUACUGGUUCUUGUUGCAAUUAUUGUAGCUGUAGAAUGGUGGAAAAGCUAGGCUUAAUUACUACUCCUUGUCCCAAACCUUACAAACUUCAAUGGAUAAAAGAGGAUGAAGGGAUAGUAGUAAAGGAACAAGUAAGUGUACCUAUCUCCAUUGGCAAAUAUGAUGAUCAAAUCAUUUGUGAUAUUGUUCCAAUGGAAGCUGGGCACAUUUUACUUGGGCGCCCUUGGCAAUUUGACAAGAAAGAAUUUGAUGAUUUAUUUCCCAUAGAGGUUCCAAAUGGUUUGCCACCUCUCCGAGGAAUAGAACAUCAAAUUGACUUAAUUCCUAGAGCUAGCCUUCCCAAUAGGCCAGCUUAUAGGACUAACCCUACAGAAACCAAAGAAAUAGAGAAACAAGUCAAUGUUUUAUUGAACAAGGGGUGGAUCCAGAAAAGUCUCAGUCCUUGUGCGGUGCCAGUGUUGUUAGUUCCGAACAAAGAUGGAUCAUGGCGCAUGUUUGGGAAAGAUGGUGUUCAUGUUGAUCCAGACAAAAUCAAAGUUAUCCAAGAAUGGCCUGUUUUGAAAACACUAGGGGAUGUCCGCAGUUUUCUAGGUCUAGCAGGUUUCUAUAGACGAUUUGUAGAAAACUUCUCUACCAUUGUCGCUCCCCUUACUGAGCUUGUAAAGAAGGAUGUGCCAUUCAAAUGGGGUGAUAAACAAAGUUUAGCUUUUAAGACCUUAAAGCAUAAAUUAACACAUGCACUCAUUCCACACUUACCAGAUUUUUCCAAGGCUUUUCAAGUAGAAUGUGAUGCUUCAGGGGUAGGAAUAAGAGUUGUUCUAAUACAAGAAGGUCAUCCUAUAGCUUACUUUAGUGAAAAACUUAGGGGACCAACAUUAAACUAUCCUACUUAUGAUAAGGAGUUAUAUGCCCUUAUUCGUGCAUUAAAGACUUUGGAGCAUUACUUGGUAUCUAGAGAAUUUAUUAUUAACACUGACCAUGAAUCUCUUAAGUAUCUUAAAGGGCAGGGCAAAUUGAACAAAAGACAUGCAAAGUGGGUUGAAUUCCUUGAGCAAUUUCCAUACGUCAUCAAACAUAAGAAGGGAAGUACUAAUGUUGUUGCAUAUGCUUUAUCUAGGCGCCAUGCAUUAUUAGGAUAUCUUUAUAACAAAGGAAAACUUUGCAUACCCCAAGGAUCCAUUAGAAAGCUUCUUAUAAAAGAGAGUCAUGGCGGAGGACUCAUGGGCCAUCAUGGAGUUGAUAAAACUCUACACCUUUUAAAAAGCAAAUUUUCUUGGCCACACAUGAGAGUAGACAUCCAAAAGCAUUGGUGUAGUUGUAUAGCUUGUUUACAAGCUAAAUCCAAAGUUAUGCCCCAUGGACUUACCCCUUGGGAGGAUAUUAGUAUGGACUCUGUCCUAGGUUUACCAAGAACUCCAAAGGGGUUUGAUUCUAUCUUUGUGGUGGUUGAUUGAUUUAGUAAAAUGGCUCACUUCAUACCUUGCCACAAAGUAGAUGAUGCUAGCUAUAUAGCUAAACCCUUCUUCAAAGAAGUAGUUAAAUUACAUGGCUUACCCAAGACUAUAGUUUCAGAUAGAGAUGUUAAGUUUCUUAGCUAUUUUUGGAAAUCAUUAUGGGCCAAGCUAGGAACUAAACUACUAUUCUUUACUACGUGUCACCCACAAACAGAUGGGCAAACCGAAGUAGUCAAUAGAUCUCUAUCCACUCUAUUACAGGUAAUCUUAAGAGGUAAUCAUAAAAUAUGGGAUGAUCAUGUACCUCAAAUAGAAUUUGCUUAUAAUAGAGUAGUCCACAAGACUACUAAUCUUUCUCCUUUUGAGGUUGUUUAUGGUUCUAACCCUAUCACACCUCUUGAUCUACUACCUCUUCCAGAUUCAUCUUCUUUUCUUCAUAAAGAAGGUAUUUCUAAAGUGGAGUUUAUCAAGAAGCUACAUGAAAAGCGUCAGGAGGUCAUUGCAGUGAAGCCAAAGGUUGGCUGUUGGGUUGAGAGCUCGCGGUGUGGCUUGGCUUCCAUUGAAUUGGGUGUUCUGGAGUGCGAGAAUAUUGCUGGCAAGUUAUUUUUGAUUCCUGUUGAUUUUGUUUCGUGCUUGGAAUAA